CGAUUAGUAGGCAACAGAAAAGAAUAUUUGCUCCACGUUGUUGUGUAUGUAUGGAACCAAUUAUGCCGAAACCUGGUGAAGAAGAAACUGUCCGUGUAGUGGCUUUGGAUCGCAGUUUUCAUUUUGAGUGUUAUAAAUGUGAAGAUUGUGGCUUACUAUUAUCUUCUGAAGCAGAAGGUCGAGGUUGCUACCCUUUAGAUCAGCAUGUACUUUGUAAAAGUUGUAAUGCUAAACGUGUACAAAUGCUAUCGCAGAGGAUAUAAACUGAAUAACUACCUUACUAAAUGUAAUAAAAAAGAACACAAUAUUUUGCUAUACUAUA